CCGCGGCUUUCUGGACAAACCGGUACAUUGAAACUAAAACGCGUGUUGUUUUGGACACCAUUUUUUAUUUUUUUUUACACAUUUUAUCCGGAAUAUCUCUGAUUAUCACUGUACAUGUUUUUUUAGUUGGUUACAUUUUUCGUCCUAAUUAUCUAUUUAUUUAUUUAGAUAGUGUAGCUGUGCUUGUGACCUUCGGCAGUGCGAUGGAGCUGGAGCAUUUCGACGAGCGGGAUAAGGCUCAGCGGAACAGCCGAGAAGGAGGCAGGCUGAACGGGGUGACCAGCCCUACACACAGCGCCCACUGCAGCCUCUACCGUUCCCGGACACUCAAGAACCUCAGCUCAGAGAAGAAGGCCAAGAAGGUCCGCUUCUAUCGCAACGGGGACCGCUACUUUAACGGGAUAGUGUACGCCAUCUCAGUGGAGCGGUUCCGGUCGUUUGACGCGCUGCUGGCGGAUCUAACCCGCUCGCUGUCUGAUAAUGUGAAUCUGCCACAGGGCGUCAGGACCAUUUACUCCGCGGACGGAACCAAAAAGAUCACCAGCACCGAUCAACUACUAGAGGGCGAGAGCUACGUGUGUGGCUCCAUCGAGGUCUUCAAGAAGCUCGACUACACCAAGAACGUCAACCCCAACUGGUCUGUGAAUGUCAAAGCUUCGUCCGCGGCGGCCGCCCGCGGGCCUCUAUCCCUGGGCAGCUCCAAGGCCGGACCUCCAGACACCCGGGACCAGGGGGUGAAGGAUUUCAUCCGGCCCAGGCUGGUGACGGUGGUACGGAGCGGGGUGAAGCCCAGGAAGGCUGUACGGAUUCUGCUCAAUAAGAAGACGGCCCAUUCAUACGAACAGGUCCUCACCGACAUCACGGAGGCCGUCAAACUGGACUCUGGAGUGGUGAAGAGGAUCUAUACACUGGAUGGAAAACAGGUUACAUGUCUCCAGGACUUCUUCGGUGACGAGGACAUCUUCGUAGCGUGUGGACCGGAGAAAUACCGUUACCAAGAUGACUUCCAGCUGGAGGAGAGCGAGUGUCGUGUGAUGAAGUCAGUGGUCUUUGGUAAAAUGUCCGCCCCUGUGACCAGCCGUGGUUCUCCGCGCUCCAUGGGCCUGUCUAGAGGCAGCAAGUCCCCCGCAGGUUCCGUAAACGGGAAUCCGCCCAGUCAUCUGUCCACUCCUUGCUCGGGGAAAUCUCCCAGUCCCUCCCCUUCCAGCCCUGCUACAGACCUCAGACCUAGCCGGGAGUCUCAGGGUUUGUCUAUCUCUCUGGCCUCUACCAAAGUCUGUAAUUCCUUGGCCGAAGGGAAUGGACCAGUCACUGAAUCUCAGCCAGUAGUAGAGGAUGAAAUCCCGGCGGUACCUGUCUCCAUAUCGGAGCGCUACAGAGUUGGACGUACAUUGGGAGAUGGUAACUUUGCGGUUGUCCGAGAAUGUGUGGAACACUCUACAGGCAGGGAAUACGCCCUGAAGAUCAUUAACAAGGGCCGACGCCGGGGCAAGGAGCUUAUGAUCCAGAAUGAGGUCGCCAUCCUGAGGAAGGUGAAACACCCCAACAUUGUCCUGCUGAUUGAGGAGAUGGACACUUACAGCGAGCUUUACCUGGUCAUGGAACUGGUGAAGGGGGGCGAUCUGUUUGACGCCAUCACGUCCACCAACAGAUACACAGAGAGAGACGCCAGCGGGAUGCUGUACAACCUGGCCAGCGCCAUCAAAUACCUCCACAGUCUCAAUAUCGUACACAGAGACGUCAAACCAGAAAACCUACUGGUGUAUGAGCAUGCUGAUGGCAGUAAGAGUCUGAAGUUGGGGGACUUUGGUCUGGCCACGGUAGUAGACGGACCUCUCUACACAGUCUGUGGGACACCAACAUAUGUAGCACCCGAGAUCAUCGCAGAGACAGGGUAUGGCCUUAAGGUAGAUAUCUGGGCAGUAGGAGUCAUCGCCUACAUCUUGUUGUGUGGCUUCCCUCCCUUCCGCGGGAGCAGUGAGGACCAGGAGUUGUUGUUUGACCAGAUCCUAAUGGGGCAGCUUGAGUUCCCUCUCGCUCACUGGGACAACGUUUCCGAGACUGCCAAGGAGCUGAUCAGGUCCAUGCUGCAGGUAGAGGUGGAUCAGAGAUACACAGCACUACAGGUGUUGGAACACCCUUGGGUCAAGGAUGGCGGUGUGUCAGAGAAUGAACAGGAGCUUUCAGUUGCAGGAAAGAUAAAGAAGCACUUCAACACCGGCCCUAAAGCUAAUGACACCACCGCCGGGGUGUCUGUCAUUAUGUUGGAGCACAGCUUCUGUUUGCAGCGCUCUGGGUCGUUGGACUUCUACCAGCACCCGGCCAUGUACUGGAUACGGCCACCGCUCUUGAUAAGGAGGGGCAGGUUCUCAGACGAAGACGCAACCAGGAUGUGAGCUCAUGCCUGUUGCCGUUGACGACGACAACAACAAAGAUGGACAUACCGCCCAGCUACCUCCCAGCCUGACCAUCACCCCCCUCUCUCUGACCUUUAACCUCGUCUCCGCCCUUAUUCCCUCCCAUAGACGCAUUCUCACGGGAGAGGUGAAGAGGAG